AUGCUGUCUCUCCUGUUGUGUGCUCUGCUGGCUCUUCACGCUGACGCUCUUGACGUCCGUGUCCCAGAAUCCCCUGCGGUGGCUCUGUUCGGGUCGGACGCCGUCCUCAACUGCUCUUUCUCGGGCGUCUCAGAGUUUAAUCUGUCUGAUCUGAGCGUGUUCUGGCAGCUCUCGGACACCAAGCGUGCCGUUCACAGCUUCUGGCAGAGCCGCGAUCAGCUGAGCGAUCAGGAGGAGCGCUUCUCCAACCGCACCAGCCUGUUCCAGGAUCAGCUUGUGUCCGGAAACGCCUCGCUGCUGCUGAGGAGAGUGCGUGUGGCGGACGAGGGAAGCUACUCGUGUUUCGUCAGGGUUCAGACGUACGGCAGCGCAGCCAUGCUGAUGCAAGUCGCAGCUCCGUUCUCCAAGCUGCUGGUCACCUGGGGCCCAGAGUCGGCCCUGAAGCCCGGCGAUGCGGUGGCCCUCAGCUGCGUUGCGUACGGAGGUUAUCCUGAGGCAGAGGUGCUCUGGCAGGACGGAGCUGGACACAAUCUGACCCACAACGUCACCGUCUCACAGGUGGCCAAUGAGGAGGGUCUGUUCAGCGUGAAGAGCGUCCUGACGGUGAUCCUGGAGCCCAGCAGCACUUACAGCUGCAGACUGAGCCAGCCGCUGCUGGGAGAAGAAGCACAGGCGUCUGUCACCAUCAGCGCUCAGGGUCUGGUGUUUCCUCCGCUGGCGCUCUGGCUGACCGUGGCUCUGGCUGUGUGUUUGCUGGCUCUGCUGGUCGCUCUGGCCGCCGUCUGCCGCAGGAAGAUCAGAGAGAGCUGUGAGGAGAUGAGAGCCGAGGAAGAAGCGAAAGAACUCGAGGAUGCCAAAGAAUUAGAAGAAGCCAAAUCAGCUGCAACACCUCUAAAGAGCUAAAGUCGGAGACCACAGGUCGAGGCCAGACCAUCAGUGACUGACAUGAGUAGAAACCUUCCGUCCGAUCCAGCAUCAUUUCAUAAGGGAUUCACACUCAUGUGUUUCACGCACAGAUAGUACAACUUUACAUUUUGCUGUUUCACUUCAUUGAUUAAAGCUCCUCUUUCACAUUCCCAUCUCGUUCCUAAACACCGUCAGAAGCGAUAAACUCAUCCCGUCCUCGCGUGUUUCUCGUCCGUGUUAAAGGGAAAUCAUCUUGAGGAGCAUUGGGUCUGACACCAGCACCGCAUCAGGACAGAUGCUCGGACCUAAUGGAAAGUGAGUAGCUUAAGAAAGCAGCGGUGAAGCGUCAGCAGUGCUCUCUUUUCCCACCCGCCCUGUCCUGGCCUAAUUAAUGCCUGCCCAAGAACUAACUUGUAGCUGUCAGCGUCUGCCGGCUCCGCAGAAAUCCAAUAACUUCAGCCAGCAAAUUUAUGUGGAACACCAGCAAAGCUCCAGCAAACUCCAAAUGAUGCAUUCAAAUCCACUGCAUUUUGAAAUCCUGUUUGUUUGUUUUUUAUAAGUUGUCAGGUACUUUGAAUAUUGCAUAUAUUGGAAUUUGAAAUGUGUCAAAAUAAUCAGAGGCCUUACUGCAAACAUGUUGUGCCUGUCUUUUAUUACAUAUAGAAAUAAAAAUGG